UCACCGUAUUGGUCGCUGGGACUGAGCGACUGCGCUCCAGCGAGCGGUUAGCGCAUAUUCAUGCGUUUGGCCGGUCCGUGUGUGGGAUGCUGUACAAGUCCGCUGCGUAAAAGUGGACAGGUGUAGGCGCACCGUGUUGAGUGGGGAAUUCAAAGAAAAACGCAAAGCACUGUGGUGUUGGCUGAUUUGUGAGCGGGCUCCAGCCACUGCUGCGCUCUGUAUCUGCAGCCGCUGAGGGUUCCCCCCCCCAACACACACACACACAUCCCCCACCCCCCUCCCGCUGUAAUAUUUAUGACAAAACGGAGGCAAAUUAUUCUGGUCACGUUUUUGGCUGACAGCCGGCUGUCCUGGAGAGCGUUGGAGUGAAUCGGGGUCCAGUGUUGGUGAUAGCGCAGCGCACCGACACCUGCAGUAGGAUGUAAAGGGAAUUCCCACUCACCAAGCUGUAUCACUUGGAGAUCCGACCAUCGUCCUCAUCACUGUCUCGCUUGAGCCAGAGGAAAAGGAAAAACAGGGCAUGGUCUGGUGCGGCGGUCGCUGUUGCUAUGUGUGAAGGAGAGCUGUGGCGUCAAUGGAGACCGAAGGCUAUCGCGACCUCCUGGAGACCAGCGAUGGUCAGGGGGUAGGCCUGUUGGAUGGAGGGGGCGAGGUGGGGGUGGAGGAGGGCUGGAGCACGCCUUACCCGCUGGGGUUCCAGGUGUCCUUGACCACUGUACUGAUACUGGAGCUGGUGUUGGGCUUUAGCAGCAACCUGACUGUACUUGUGCUCUACUGUGCUCAGUCCAACCUGGUAGAUUCAGUCAGCAACCUGGUCACGGUCAACCUGCAUGUGUUGGACAUACUGGUCUGUGUGCUGUGUCUGCCACUGACUGUGGCAGUGAUUCUGUUACCAGCUAAUGGAAGCGGAGUCAGCAGCCUGGCCACACUUUGCUGCUUUCAUGAGGCCUGUGUCACAUUCACCAGUGUGGCCACAGCAGUCAACGUGCUGGUGAUUAGUUUGGACCGGUACGACAUCUCAGUGCGUCCUGCCAGUCGUCUGCUGACCCCCAGGCGUGCGGCACUGCUCCUGGCUGCUGUGUGGGCCCUGUCUCUGGUUGUCUUCUUUCUGCCUUUCCUUGAGGGGGACUUCUUCUCUUCGGGGGCUGAGGACAGUGAACAUGAGGACCUGGAAGGGCAGAACCAUGACUCUGAGCACACCACUGGACUGACCCCCAUUUUCUCCUCCUUUUCACCUUCCUCUUUACCCACUACUCAUCCUUCCUCCCCUUCACACCACCUGCUUCCAGUAUGGCAGAACAGGACACUGCUGUGCGUAGGAGGGCAGGGGUAUUACACAGGCUUGGCUAUGUAUUACCACUUGUUAAUCCAAGUGCCAUGUUUCUUCAUCGCUGUGGCUGUCAUGUUGUUCACCUACUCCCGGAUCUUGCAGGCCCUCAACAUUCGCAUUGGCUCCCACAUGAUGAGGGGUACACGUGCAAAGGACUCCACCUGCAGGAUACGUUGCAGGAGGCAGAAGAGGAAGGAUCUGAGCCUGCCCACAGAGAUAGUGUCCUCCAACCAGAACCAGAACCUCAAUCAUCCUCCUCUUAUCCCCUCCCCAACUCCAACACCAACAUCGCCCCCGCCUCUCUCCUCCAUGCCCCAGGGGAUGUCUGACAGUGGAGCAACAGUCACUACUGUAAGCACUGCUGCCACCACCCCCAUUGCCACCACACCAGCCACCCCAGCUUCACCGACCCCAGCUUCAGCCUCAACUCAAACCCACGCCACCUCACCACUGCCUGCCUCGUCCAUGGGGGUACAGGCGUCAGUUUCUGCCAUAAUCGCCUUGAGGCGGGCGGUGCGCAGGCACAGGGACCGUCGAGAACGUCAACGUCGCGUCCUAAAAAUGUCCCUAAUCAUAAUUUCCACGUUCCUGGGCUGCUGGGCCCCUCUGUCUGCAGUCAAUGUUCUGAUCCUGUGUCUGGGUCCCAGUGACAGCCUGGUGAGGUUACGCCUGUGCUUCUUGGCGAUGGCUUAUGGAACCACUAUUUUUCAUCCCCUGCUCUAUGCUUUCACAAGGCAGAAACUGCGCCGUGCUCUCAAAACACGUGUCAAGAAAAGGGUAGUGUCCCUUCUGCAGGUGGACCCAGCUCCCAGCGGAGGGACAGUUAUUCAUAACUCCUGGGUGGAGGGGGGAGGCCAAAGGAAGGCUCGCAAACCACGGGUAGAGGCCAGUGAUGGCACUGAUCGAUGCCUCACUGAGGCAGUGAGGGAAUGAGGCUGGUCUCCAAAAUGUGUUUGCAUGUCUGAAUGUGUGUGUGUGUGUGUGUGUGCGUUUUUAAAGUAUUGUAUGAAUCUUACUAGUUUGCUAGGAGUGGAUCGUGUGUCUAUUUAUACAUGGGUUUGAGAAAAAUGAGAACAAGUUAGUUUCCAAGGGUCAGGACAAAUCCUGUGACCUCUGGUUCCAUGCAGAUGUGGAGACAGGUGAGUCCUAAGCUCUAAUUAGAGCCUGCUAUCUGCUGUCCCUACACAGCUCCUCAUUAGUCCACUUCCUGACUGACAAGGUGGUGACUGUGUAUUCAUGACAACACCAUAGCCAUGGCGACUGAAAACACUAGUGUGCACCCCACUUGUAGGGUAAGAUUUAGAUAACACAGCAAAUAUCUACAUUAUUGCUCCUGUGUGCACUUUUAACUUGCAUGUGCAUGCACAUGUGCACAGAUAUACACAUACACACACACGCACGCACACACCUGCACACACAGACACACCACAUACUUAAUGCACACUGAUCUAUAUUUAGUCAUUACCUGUGAAAGCACACCAAUAUCUACCUGCACAGAUAUUCUCAGUGAGAAAAAUACUAAUGGAAGUCUAUGUUUCUCUUUCUUUCCCUUAUUUUUUCAUGCCUUAAUUGAGUUAUGAAUAUAUUCUCAUGGUGCUGAGUGUCCUGCUGUAUGUUUACAACAAAGUAUCAGAGUGGCAGUGUUUGCACAUACUGUAAAUGGUAUAGCAAAUUAUUGGCAGGUAAAUGCAAACAUUCAGAUUCAAAGUUUACAGGCUCAUAUGAAACCACUAGGAAGCUGCAAAAAAAAAACCCUGAUUCAUUUAAUUUCCAGUAAGCACCAUAUGUUAAAAGAAUGUGUGCAAGUUAGAGCUAAAAGGCAUGACUUUAUUUUUGUUUUUUAAUAAGCUGUGAGAGUAACAGUCAUGAUGGCGUGGGCGAGGAUGCGCAGUUGGGUUCCUAUGUUUGCAUGUGUGCAUGUAUGCGUAAUUGAAUAAAUGAGCGUGUGUGUCCAUGAUUAUGUGCAAUAAAUCAUGAGCAGAGCAAUGACCCCUUGGAUGUGAACAAAGAGAAUGUGAACACAGAAUUUUUUGUUUUUCUAUUUUAUAGUUUAGAUUACAGGGCGAACAGAGAAGAAAAGAGACUUAAUAUUCAGCAUUAGGCCUGUGGGCAUGAUAUUAAAGCAAAUCAUACGGAGAAAUUGUAACUACACAGGCUACUGUAAUAUUACUACUGUAUCACUUCUGUUUUAAAGUGGAAAUCAAAGGGCGACAUUUUGUGAAAACUGUCUCUGUAGUUACUGCAGGUAUCUUUAACCUGAGAAAUCCCAACUUCUGAUACGGGACAUCUCCUCGUGUUAGCCAUUUGUUGCUCUGGAGGGCAGAGUCACCGCUUUUGGACGGCACUUUGACUGACUGUGGAGGCAGACAAGCCUCCAUCAGCUUCUGGACCGAGUCCUGGACAUGUUACACUAUAUCUGUGUCUCGCUUUCUCCUCAGGACUUCAUGUCUUAUUUCCUUAAAACAAAAACAAACAAACAAAAAAAAAAACAGCCCUCAGUCUGCUGUUGUAUUAUGGGUGUUCCAGUAGGUAAAGAGUCAUGUCAGUAAGUAGAUAGAGUACAUUUUAAACUUUGUAUGAGCUCAAGUCGUGGAGAGCUUCUCAAGCUCCGGGCUAUCUGUUUCAUCCUCACCCCUUUUACACUAUUUGUGAGCCAGACAGAAGACAAUAAUUCUUGUGUAUUCAUGUACAUUCUUCAGGGAUGUAAAUACCGAAGUGUCUGUUAUGAGUUUUAGUGGAAAAAAAAAAAACAACAAAAAAAGUUUUUCUUUUGGUCACAAUCAUCUGCCGGACAGAAAAUCAGCCAUUGUGAUAAACUCUAAGCGAGUUGGAAAGUUACUGCAAAGACAAAUAAGUGUAUUUGUGUUAAUACUGUAUGUGUGUACACUGUACUGUACAUUUAUGACCAUGUGUAUAGAGAAAUAUUAGUAUUGUAUAAGAUUUAUAUUAUGUGUUAUUAUAUAGAACAGAAGAAAAUCUGUAUUAAAAAUCUAUCUAAGAAUUCUCGGUUCACUGCGUCAGUUCAUAGAUGUUUCAUGUUCAAUGUAUUGAUUGUUGUCAGUUUUCAAAUGUUGAUUUUGAAGUCAUGGGAAAUUAUACGGGACAAUCUAUUUUAUAUGUGUCUGUGUACAUUUUAUCUGCUAUAAUAUUGA